AGGUGGGGGGGGGGGGGUGGAAGGAGCUGUAUGGGGCCGCGGUAGUCUCCCAGCCCGGAUGCUGCCUUUCCUCCUCCAUGGCGUCGCGCCUCCUUCGCACGGCCGACCCGGGUCCCCAGGAGCAGCCACUCGGCCACGGAGCCCGCGAUGAAUCGGCCCGGACCGAGAGCCUUUGAGAUGGCGGCGCGUGCUCGUGCCCGGGGGGGGGGACGCGUCGGGCUCUCCCCGGCGAGCGGCAGCCUGCAGUGAGCACUCCUCCUCCUCGUCGUUGUAUGGGAGCCAGCGGGGGAGAGAGCGUGCGUGUCCAUGCGUGAGUGUGCGCGUGCGAAUGUGAGCGUCUAAUAGUGUAUGUGUGUGUAUGUGUGUGCGUGUGUGCGCGCGCGCGCGCUCCCGCUUCCAAUCCUUCCCGGAGGAGAGAGGCUCUCCUCUUCACUUGAACGGAAAGGGUCAUCUUAAGUCGGGCAAGCUGUUGCCCCCGAGGACCUGAGGAUGUUCCGCAAGAAGAAAAAGAAGAGGCCGGAAAUAUCGACGCCCAAGAACUUUGAGCACCGGGUCCACACCUCCUUCGACCCCAAGCGCGGCUGCUUCGUGGGCCUGCCCACGCAAUGGCAGAGCCUGAUCGAGAACCUGCGCAGGCCCAGGCCCAUGGUGGACCCUUCCAGGAUCACAGAGGUGGAGCUGAGGCCGAAGAAGACCAUCGUGCGGGGGAGCAUGAUCGGCCACGGAGACUACAUCGCGGCCAUGGUCAACAACAUGAACCGCCUGUCCGUGACCAGCUCCAACUCCCUGAGGAAGAGCAGCCCCUCGGCCAGGAAGAGGGCCCAGUCACUGGGGAGGCUGGGGGAGGUGUGCGAGGGCGACGCUUACCAGUACGAGGGCCUGACCCGGGGUGACGAGGACGACGAGGACGAGGACGGCGAGGACGACGGAGGCGGCGGCGGUCGAGACCCGUGGAGGGACAGGGCCAGGGACAUCCACAGCGAGACCAACACGCCGUACCUGGGCAUGAAGCGGAGCGUCACCCUGCACCCAAACGGGAUCUUGCCGAAGGCCCGGUCCACCUACGAGGUCAGCGUCACCUCUCUGGAAAGGCCGGCCCCGCCCCCGGCCCCGCCCCCUCAGGAGAGGGUGAUAUGGACGAGAGAGUUCCAGCUCCCCAGGGGGCCGCCGCCGCCGCAGCCGCAGCCGCAGCACCAGAGGGCCGUGGCCUGCUUCUACAGCCCGGCCGCGGCCGCGCUGCAGCCCCGCUGCGGCCCGCCGGAGCUCCGGCCCAACGCGCCGAUGUACGCGCCCCCGCAGAACAGCCCCCCCGGGAGGCCGUUCUCCUCCUACGACCUGAGAGCGGAGUCCGCCGCGAGGUACCACUCGGGCCUCCUGCCCAGCAGCAGCCCCCUCCUCCUCGCCGGCGGGAUCGGACCCCAGCGAGCGGUGCGCUCCUCGGCCAGCUACACGCUGGGCCUGUCGCCCAACAUGGGGCUGCGGCCCCCCGGCGGGCCCGACGCCUUCCUCAGACACUCUGGAAGCCUCAACCCCCCUUACCCGCCGCGGCAGGACAGCCCGUCGCAGCCCCGACCCUCCCCGACGGGCUCGCUGGCCACCAGCCCCCCGGCGGCGUGCUCGCCGGCCUUCAGGCCCCCGCAGCACCCCUCGCCCAGGCCGCCGCCCGACCCGCCGAAGGUGACGCACGAGCAGUUCAAGGCCGCCCUGCAGAUGGUGGUGGACAAGGGCGACCCUCGGUCCUACCUGGAGAACUUUGUGAAGAUCGGGGAGGGCUCGACGGGGGUGGUCUGCAUCGCCACGGAGAAGCACAGCGGCCGGCAGGUGGCGGUGAAGAUGAUGGACCUGCGGCGGCAGCAGAGGAGAGAGCUGCUCUUCAACGAGGUGGUCAUCAUGAGGGACUAUCAGCACAGGAACGUGGUGGAGAUGUUUAAGUCUGCCCUGGUGGAGGAGGAGCUGUGGGUCAUCAUGGAGUACCUGCAGGGUGGAGCACUGACCAACAUUGUGUCUGAAACCAGGCUGAGUGAGGAGCAGAUCGCCACCGUGUGCGAAGCCGUCCUGCAAGCGCUCGCCUACCUGCACUCGCAGGGAGUCAUCCACAGAGACAUCAAGAGCGAUUCCAUACUACUCACAUUAGACGGAAGGGUCAAGCUGUCAGACUUUGGCUUCUGUGCUCAGAUCAGCAAGGACAUCCCUAAAAGGAAGUCUUUAGUGGGAACCCCCUAUUGGAUGGCUCCUGAGGUCAUCUCCAAAUCCCCAUAUGGCACUGAGGUGGAUAUUUGGUCGAUGGGGAUCAUGGUGGUGGAGAUGGUGGACGGAGAGCCCCCGUACUUCAGUGAAACCCCCGUGGCCGCUAUGAAGAGAUUGAGGGAUGAGACGGCUCCCACGGUGCGGAAUGUCAGCCAGAUUUCCCCGGUUCUAAAGGACUUCCUGGACCGCAUGCUGACCCGGGGCCCCCUGGAGCGGUCCAGCGCCACUGACCUGCUGGAGCACCCCUUCCUGCUGCAGUGCGGCUCACCUCAGUGCCUGGUUCCACUGGUGGAGCAGUACCGCAAGCGCAUGUCCCGCUGCUGACCCCCCCCCCCA